AUGUUACAGUUUGCAUCAGUACUUGUUGAUGGUGAUCACAUGAACUUCAAGGACGAAUUUGUUCAAAAGGGACACGAAGGUGGUCGCCUUGCAGCGAAAGCUCUUAUUCAAGCGGUUCAAGGUUAUGUUCGAGAUGUCAAAGCUGACGCCAGCUCCAACAUCCACUACCAGGUUAGGGUGUAUGCAAAUGUGGCUGGUUUAGCAGCCACGUACUGCGAUACUGGUAUCAUAAGCUCCCAGGAUGUGCUGAGAUCUUUUAUCCAAGGGUUUAACGUGGAAAAUGCUCGCUGUGACUUCGUGGAUGCAGGGAGUGGGAAGGAAUGCUCUGAUGUGAAGAUUAAAGCUCUUUUUGACCACGAUGUUCUCAACAUCCACUGUCAACAUAUCGUCUUCUGUGGAUCUGCGGAUAAUGGCUAUGCCCGCGUAUUGGGAGAGCAUCGUGGAUCAGAUCGUAUUACCCUGGUAGAGGGCCCUCCAUUCUCCCGUGAAUUGAAGCAUGAGGCAUCUCACUUCAAGACAACUUCAUUCCCUGAAGUAUUCCGAGCCAAUAUGCUUUCUCGCAAAGUAUCAUCUGGCGGUGCAACAGUUGCUACUAUACCCACACCACCGCGGACACCGACUUCAAACUAUGCCUCCGUGACGAAAAGGAAGGUCCCAGUAUCAAAUAAUCGUCCAACGGAAAUUGAUUCACCCACAGAAACACCGGCGGCCAACGGUCCAAAGUUGUUGGUACACAAAAAUGUUAAUGGUGAACGGGUCGAUGGCCCUUUGAAGGCCAUAACGAAGGGUAAACUUGAGGCUCUCAUGAGGGCGAAAUUUUGCAACCAAUUUCAUAUAUUGGGCGCCUGCGCAUGGGGAAAGUCUUGUACUUUCCGACAUGAGCCAAGACUUGGUCCGCAAGAUGCAGUUGGUUUGAUGUCAGUUGCCCGUUUGGGUGUGUGUCCAAAAGGGCUGGAGUGUAAUGAUGGGAAUUGUGUCAAUGGCCACCGAUGUCCACAUAGAAGUUGUACUGGGCCAGGGAAGGGCUGCAAGUUUCCCCAUGGUGUUGACACUAGAAUUGUUUCCUCCCAUUAA